GAGACCCAGUGUCAGAGUGCAAGAUCAAAAAAGCUGAAAUAUUUGGAACUUAUUCCUAUCAAUUUGGAAAUUAAUUUUAAGACAGCUGGAACUGGAUGACCAAGGAAGGAAGCCUGUCGAUGCUCCCGGAUGUGCCCGAGGGAUUGCUCUGGCACACACACCUCUCUCAGUGGCAAGGCCUCACUUCCAAAUAGAGAUGAGGAAAGAGCUCCCCUUGGGCCAUGAAGGCUCAGGGAAAAUUAGUCACAAUUAGCUUAGAUUCCCAGAAUAAAACCAUAUCUGAGCUUGAAGAUCACCUUCAACAUUCUCAUUCUCAUCUUGUAGGGCAAGAAACACCUAAGGAAAUGGAAGAACCCAAAGCAGGGAAUUCCAGAAUCUUCUGUAAAGGCGCCACUGUCCAAACCUACCAUUGUUACCUCCAACAAUACUGCAGUGGAGACCAAGGACUUCUCAAUGACUUGCAAUGCUACAGGUCAAAUUCACGCUUACCAGUGGUUCAUAAACGGAGUUGCCCCAGAUGGUCGCAGGAUACAGCUGUCGCCAGAUAGGAGGACACUCACUCUCAGCAGUCUCACAAGAUUCGAUAACAAAGGGCCCUAUGUGUGUGAAAUCGAGAACCCAUUGUUUCGGAAUAGGAGUGAUCCAUUCCCACUGAAUGUUACCUAUGGCCCAGAUAUCGCCACGAUUGUCCGUUCAGCUGGUGUGUACCCUACUGGGGUAAAUAUUACCUUGAGCUGUGUAGCUGAUUCUAACCCACCAGCACAAUUCACUUGGUUACAGAAUGGACAAUCUGUCAGCAACUCAGCCAUAUUUUCUGUUAUUUCAUCCCUGAAUCAUGCUGGAACCUAUACCUGUAUUGCAUCUAACUCAUUCACUGGCAUGACGCGCACCGCAACCAAGAAUAUUAUAAUCUAUGCACCACUGUCCAAACCUACCAUUAUCACCUCCAACAAUACUGCAGUGGAGACCAAGGACUUCUCAAUGACAUGCAAUGCUACGGGUCAAAUUCACGCUUACCGGUGGUUCAUAAAUGGACUUGUCCUAGGUGGUAACAGGAUACAGCUGUCGCCGGAUAAGAGGACACUCACUAUCCUCAGUCUCAGAAGAACGGAAAACAAAGGGCCCUAUGUGUGUGAAAUCGAGAACCCAUUGUUUCGGAAUAGGAGUGAUCCAUUCACACUGGAUGUUGCCUAUGGCCCAGAUAUCGCCACAAUUGUACAUUCAGCCAAUGAGUACCCUACUGGGGCAAAUAUUACCUUGAGCUGUGUUGCUGAUUCAAACCCAGCAGCACAAUUCACUUGGUUACAGAAUGGACAAAGGAUCAGCAACUCAGCCACAUUUUCUGUUAUUGCAUCCCUGAGUGAUGCUGGCACCUAUACCUGUACUGCAUCUAACUUAUUCACUGGUUUGACUCGUACUGCAACCAAGAAUAUUACAAUCUAUGCGCCACUGUCCAAACCUACCAUUGUUACCUCCAACAAUACUGCAGUGGAGACCAAGGACUUCUCAAUGACUUGCAAUGCUACAGGUCAAAUUCACGCUUACCAGUGGUUCAUAAACGGAGUUGCCCCAGAUGGUCGCAGGAUACAGCUGUCGCCAGAUAGGAGGACACUCACUCUCAGCAGUCUCACAAGAUUCGAUAACAAAGGGCCCUAUGUGUGUGAAAUCGAGAACCCAUUGUUUCGGAAUAGGAGUGAUCCAUUCCCACUGAAUGUUACCUAUGGCCCAGAUAUCGCCACGAUUGUCCGUUCAGCUGGUGUGUACCCUACUGGGGUAAAUAUUACCUUGAGCUGUGUAGCUGAUUCUAACCCACCAGCACAAUUCACUUGGUUACAGAAUGGACAAUCUGUCAGCAACUCAGCCAUAUUUUCUGUUAUUUCAUCCCUGAAUCAUGCUGGAACCUAUACCUGUAUUGCAUCUAACUCAUUCACUGGCAUGACGCGCACCGCAACCAAGAAUAUUAUAAUCUAUGCACCACUGUCCAAACCUACCAUCAUCACCUCCAACAAUACUGCAGUGGAGACCAAGGACUUCUCAAUGACAUGCAAUGCUACGGGUCAAAUUCACGCUUACCGGUGGUUCAUAAAUGGACUUGACCUAGGUGGUAACAGGAUACAGCUGUCGCCGGAUAAGAGGACACUCACUAUCCUCAGUCUCAGAAGAACGGAAAACAAAGGGCCCUAUGUGUGUGAAAUCGAGAACCCAUUGUUUAGGAAAAGGAGUAAUCCAUUCACACUGAAUGUUACCUAUGGACCAGAUAACGCCACAAUUGUACAUUCAGCCAAUGAGUACCCUACUGGGGCAAAUAUUACCUUGAGCUGUGUUGCUGAUUCUAACCCAGCAGCACAAUUCACUUGGUUACACAAUGGACAACCUGUCAGCAACUCAGCCACAUUUUCUGUUAUUGCAUCCCUGAAUCAUGCUGGCACUUAUACCUGUACUGCAUCUAACUCAUUCACUGGUUUGACGCGUACUGCAACCAAGAAUAUUAUAAUCUAUGGUGAGUAUCUGGAUUGGGCCCCCAACUUUGUGUGGGGCUCUCUCUUUCCCUGGCAUGACAGAAAUAGACAAAAGUGACACUCUCCCCCCCCCCC